AUGGUGUCAUUAGUAGUAGAUAUACCGACAAACACGACGACAUCGACGUCGACGAAUGAUUUGUUAUGCAUUGGCAUCUCACCAGAGAUGUCAGUUGUAUCUUCAUCAUCAAAGUCGAUGAUCAUCAACAAUCAUAAUAAUAAUAAUAACGAUAUAGCAACAACAACAACAACAACAACAUCAACAACAAUAUAUAAUAAUAACAACAGUAACAGUUGUGGUGAGGCAAUGAUGGUAGGCGACUCCCCAUUGACCAAGUACUUUAACAAUUCGAUGUUUAGUCCACCUGUACAUUCUACAUCCUCUUUCAUCUCAUCAAUCAAACAUCAACAACAACAACAACAACAAUCACCUCGCAUCAACCUCCUCACACCACCACAACCUCCUCCCGUUCAUAUCAUCGAGCAUGUACAUGACCAUGAUGAUGAUGUUGAUGUUGAUGUCAAUGUCAUCGACGACGAUGAACCGAACAACUUGUACAGAAGAACGAUAGCACUCAACAUAUCACCGGAAAACCUGUUGCCGGUCGAUGCGCCAACCGAAGGUGCCGCCUGUCCCUCGCCCUACAAGUCCUACAUGGUGACGCUGGGCGUGGCUGGCAGCAGUCCCAAGCAGAGCGUGAUGGUCUCCCAGGAGCAGACGGCACACGACCGCGAGACACAGGGCGACCAGUCACCCUACGACGCCGACGACGAAUAUGCAGACGACAAUGAUGGCGACCAUUCGCCCACCGCCGACAGCGCCACACAACAAAAGAGUAGCAAGCGAGAGAAACAAACAGGUGCCUGGUGUCACCAAUGCAAAGUGCUCAAGUUUGAGUAUAUCCAAUGUCGCGCCCAUGACAACGGACUACCAGCGUGCAACAAACGCUUCUGCUCCACUUGCAUGACCAAGCACUACAACAAGGAAGUAGCCUCGCUUAAGCAGCGUGUCAAGCCCUGGGUGUGUCCAUUCUGCAAGCAGACAUGUUCUUGCGCCGCCUGUCGAAGGAGAAGAGGCGAGUUACCUGAGGUUGGCAGCACCAAGCCAGCAACACCUCCCCUUGGCCCAGUGAAGAAUAAGAUGGUUGUGAGGGGCACUAACGGCCUGAAGCAACAACAUGAGGAUACGGGCGUCGAAGUGGUCGGCCACACAGCAGACAAGAACAUCGUGGUGAUGUCAACAGGACAACAUAGUAUAGUGACGACACCCGCCGCAUUCUACAACGUCUUCCCACCAGAGGAUGCCAAACAAGAGUUCAACGUGCUCACACCGAUGUAUCGUGUGAUCCCCGAGGUCGACCGAUCGGACGGCUAUAAGAAGCUGCUACGCGCUUCCUACCGAGGCAACUGGACCGAGCGCUUCGACCUCACCAAGUACAUGGAGCGUAUGGAUCUGGACAACAUGUUGUUCGAACAAGAGAUACUGCGGAGAAGGGAGGAGGAGGACCGGAUCGCUGCCGAGGUGUUUGAGAGACAACAAAUGGUUGUGGAGAAUGGUAUCCUGCACCAGAAGGAUGAGUUGACGACCGAUGGUGCCCCGAUGACCUCAACUACUUCGACCUUGGAGACCCCCAAAUCCACGCCACUGCGCACCAGAAGAUCCACUGGAGAUAGCAUCCCUCUCAACUUUGACAUGUCCCUGUCUGCUUUGUCCCGUCGCAAGCGCAAGUCACCAAAGAAGAACGCCGGUGACCCUGAGACUGACUCCAAUGGACAGCCACCCGCCGAGCUCUCCAGUGACGAGGACACCUCUGACGAAACAUAUUUGAAACGACACGCUGUGCUGGCCGCCGAGGAGAAGGUGUGGUACGCAAGCUUCAACAAGAAGAAGGGACGCAAGAAGGAUGCGGUCCACAAGCAACACUCUGCGCCCUCUUCCGCUCCUCACUCGCCGUUGAUCAAGGCCGCAAGCAGCCAGUCGGUGACCUCGUCGCCGAAUCUCCAGGCAGUCAAGAAGAUUCCUCUGCGAACCAGACUAAGAACGAGCUACCCUCCAACAUAG